AGUGAUUGAGUUAAAAUUGUGGUUACCUUCUGCCCCCAAAAAUUCUAAAAUUUGAUGUUGAGCUAGUGGGUGUAAUGGGACUACAUGAACAUCAUCCAAUUCACUACCACUCCAUCUCCUACUAAGACAAUCAUUUCCAAUUAGUUUCACCCUGGCGAACAAACGCUACAAUACAAGAGUUGUACAAAGCUCUGUCGACAAAAACGCUUGCCGGUGUGCGAUGAAAAUGAAAUCUUUGGGCACGAUGUCGAUGUUUUCACCAACCCUAAAAAUUUAAUCAGUAAUAAGCGUCGGGUAGUUAACAAACUAUGGACAGCAACAUAUCUUCGCCACUCCGGCGGGCGGUGACCCCGCCGACGGACGAGGGCAGCCUAUCCGAGACACCGCCCUCGUUAUCCAAGAAAAAAACUGUGUUAGUGUAAGUCUUUUGUUUUGGGAAAACUGCAUCACAAGUUUGUCUGCCAUGACAGGAAAAACUUGCUAUGCGCAGAUAGGAAGGGAAAACACCUAGGAAGGGAGCCGAUCAUGCAUGUCGAGCAUGACAAGUGUAACUGUUUUGCAUUUUCUGCAUCACAGAUUUACACUUACACAGUUUUUUUCUUGCAUACUCGUCUGCGAAAAACUACAAAUUGAGCACCGUGGUUCCGAGCUCUUCCGAGGAGGAGGAGCAAAUGGGACGAUUGGCCCGUGGUGGUUCAGCAUCUUCAAGAACGACUAAGGUACUGCACACUGGGCACCAAUAUGAGUCAUCCAUGAAGACUACACGGACGGCUCAGGAAGGGGAUCUUUCGGGUAGUCCUCUGACUGUAUCCAUCCCGUCCUCGUCUCCGAGCCAAGCCGGUGGUGCAAACAAUGUUCGUGCGAGGUCAGGUGCUGCAGCACGCGGACCUUUGUUCGUUGACCAGGUGAUGAGCGGAGAAGUGGAUGGAGCUUCUACAACGUCGGCUGACGCGGUGGACUACAGAACAAACAACCUGAACAACAACAUGUUUUCGAGCGCCAACGAGGACAGGAAAAUAUUGACAACUCACGGGAGUAAAAUCACCGUUCUGGUGAACAGAGAGGGAACCCACGCGAUGGCGGAGGAUGACGCGACUUCGUCUACUCCGAAGGGGCAAGAAGGCGUGCCCAAUGUGUUUCUGGGAAUAUACGACAACAUGAUGGCGUGUUGGCUCCAGAUUGGCGCACUCGUGCCGAAAUAUGAGUUAUGGGGGAGAAAAGCUGCUUCAUCACUCUGCGUUUUUGUUUGCAAUUCUCAUUGAUAUGGAUUUGAUGUUGCUAGUACAGGAGACUAAGUAUGGUCAUAACGGCAGCAUGGAGAUGGACUACACGCUGUAAGUAGAACUGCAUAUUAGGAGCAGGAGCCUUGCGUCACAAACACAAUCCAGCACACGAGAAAUACGGCUUCUUCUAUGCAUUAGAGCCCUCGACGUCCUCGUCGCGCAUGCGUUCUCUUCAAGUUCUUCUGCUCACCUAGCUAAAACAAGAAGUGCCAUCAAGCAACCUUCUGUGUUGACAGGACUUCCUCCCUCCCUAUACUUUCCCUUUGACCGCGAGACGCAGAAAACGGAUCUGAUGGAGCUCAAGGUCCCCUUCUGGCUGAAGCUCGGCGAUCGGUUCGGGAAGCGGUUGGACCGCGGCGCCGAGGUGACGCCGGAGGAUUCCCCGCAGACGAUUGCGGGUUGUUGCUUCUCCGUCGUGCUGUUUGUGAUCGUGUUAUGCAAUACAAAUUUCCCGUACAUGUACAAAAUGCAUCACAAAUUUCGCCAACUUGGAGCAUACCACUUGUCAUGCUGAAUAGGCUUCAGCCCUAGUUCUGUCAUGCGGCGCCAGCAUUUGUACGUGUACGGGAAAUUUACUGUGAAUACGUGUCCAUCCUCUUCUUUGGGUCGCUCGGUGAUUUUUUCAGCGACAAAACCUCCCUCGAAGCGAUGGGGGAGAUUCAGAUCAACGUGGAGAAAAUCUGCCCCUCGCUCGCCAGCUACGACGGGGGCCGGGGGAUCGGCAGGACGGACAAAUACGCGGUGGACUUCUCGUAUGGAGCCGUCAGGUUUGAAAUCGUCAAAGUUGAAAUAGUUUGCCAUGCAGAAAAUGGAUGCCAGUUGGACCCCAGUUUCCAAGUGGCGCAUGACAAAUUUUGGUUGUGCCUAAAUCCAGUUUGUAAUGCUGUUUAGGUACAGAAGAUUGAUUCUCUCAUGUUACUUCUGCAGCUCGAGCUGUAACCCCAAACAGGCUUACAAUCGGCCUCACUUGCCUGCUCUGCAACACACGCAUUUCGUGUCAUGCAUUUUAUGCAUGACAAAUCAUUUCAACUUUGACGAUCUCGAUCCUGACGCUUCCAUAUCUCGGAUUGCGAAUACAACGAGAAGUACCUGGGCGACUGGAUGACGCCGGCGGAACCGCCUCAGUGGGAUCUGCCCGUGACCAAUUUCUAUCCACUGUAAAAGUAUCGUACUUCAUUCGCAUGAAUUACUUCUGCAGGCUUGCAUGAGAGAUUUUGUCUUCUACCUGAAUCAGCAUUGAAAACUCUGUUACUGUUUUUCUUUUCGAAAAAUACAAGUACUUUGUCAUGCGAUUUUAGCUAGUGCAAGUGCGAUAUGCUUUUGUGUUGCAUCACCUCCACUGGGUGCAAAACAUCGAGUUCUACGAAGCGGACUCCCAGACCUCGCUCGCGAAGAUCGAGUGGCGCGACAACACGGGGAUGCAUAUCACGAGCAAAAACUCCCCCUCCCCAUAUUGAAACGAAGUUUCUGAUGCUGGAUUUGCGUACACAAAUCAUACUUGUCUUGCAGUAGAGGACUGCAGGGAUAUACCAAGCCUCAGCACCAGAGAGGUUUUGACGUAGGCGCCUAGCAUGAGAACGCCUACGCCGUAGGCCCAGCAGCAUCACUAACCGCCUCCGCAAUGCGGCGGACUCCGUGGGGUUGCCCUUAUGCAAGACAGGCACGAUUUGUGGUCACAGAUCAGCAUCGCAAAUUUUCAAGGGCAUGCCGUUGCAAUGUGGGGAGAGGGGAUUUUUCCUCAUGACAAUGCACUUUGGCGGGACGUCCGCGCAGGACGAAAUCCCGGUGGCGUUCGGGGCGCAGGAGAAGGUCCCGAUCAUCUUCAACAGCUACCCGGCGGGGGGAUCAGACAUGGACUCUCCGUAUCCAAACAUGACAAGGUUCAUCCGGGAAAUGGCGGUCACGUCCGACACCCACAACUACGACGAGUCUUUUAUGAGGUUCUCAAACGUUACAUUCUCAACUGUUACAUGGAUUUGUAAUGCAAAACUACAAUACACAUCUACAGGAUCAAGCUGCUUCGCAUGACAACUUCUUGACGCACUAGAUAGCAUUAUAAUCUGCACCAAACUUGUAAAUUUAAUGCAAAAGGCGCAAUCUUCCGCCUUGCUCUUUUGUCAUUCUUGCAUCACAAAUCCAUGUAACAGUUGAGAAUGUAACAGUUGAGAACGCCAUAGCUUUGCGCUACGCGUACAGUGAUCUCGGUCUGCUUCCCUCGGUGAAAACCUUCUUUGACCACGAUGUCGCCGCCUUUGUGCGUUUCGACCGCAAGCAACUGCGCAACGUGAAGUCCUGCCAGUUCCAAGCAGGCGUGGUCGCGAAGUACCAGUACGAGGCGCUGCGGCCGAGUUUACUGAAACAUUCGCGCGAGUUAUCCAAGAAAAAAAGAUUGUAGGUGUAACUUUAUUCUUGGAGGAUUAGCAUUACAAAUAUCUCUCGCAUGACAGCAAAAACCUGUCAUGCGCAGAUAGUACGCGAAAACGCCCUUGGAUGGACCCCACAAUGCAGGCACAGCAUGACAGACGCAAUCAAGUUGCAUGCUGCGCAUCACAAAUGGCAAUGUCGGUGCGGUUGUUUUAGCAUCACAAAUUUACACUAACAACGUUUUUUUCUUGGAUACGAGUACCAGAAAACCACUUCCGGAAAAGCGAUGGACACGUUGGCGAGUUCGAACUUUUCCUGGGCGGUUAUGGCGUUCUCAAACGUUACAUUCUCAAUUGUUACAUGAAUUUGUGAUGCAAGAACGGCAAAAGUCAAAGGGGUGACAUUGCGCGUCUAGCAUGACAGAUUUGGCACAGAUUCUCAGCCUGUUUGGCUCUUCGAGAAUUUGUCAUGCGGAGCAGCUUGAUCGUAUCAAUUCUAAUUGUGAUUUUGCAUGACAAAUCAUGUAACAGUUGAGAAUGUAACGUUUGAGAGCUCCAUAGCGGUGUCGCACUACACGAACACCGAGUCCGGGACCUGGAGACGCCGCACCAGCAUGGACAACAUGAUGAUCAUCACGUCGAACUGGACGACCGCGAACGCGAAGGCGUUCAUGCAGUCCACCGCCUGGGGCAAGUACCGCGUAAACGUGGAGCGGCGUCUGCGAACCGUGUACGGAAUCAACACGGGGUACAACGACAGUCUGUCUCUGUCCAACAACACGGCCAACAUGGCGCGGUCCCAGGUCCCGAUCGACCUGGUGGACUGGAUGCUGUUCGCGAGCUACGUGAACAACUUCCAGUACUCCGCCGACACGAUGAUUUGCGACGGGAAGCUAUCCUAUGUAAAAACGUCCCCACCCCAUAGUCAAGAUGGGGACUCGGCUAGACAAAUCCACAAGUUGUGGCUGUUUUGCAUGACAAAUUUGGACUCGUAGUGUAGUGCCGUUUGAGCUAGCUCAGCAGUAUCACAGAUCUAGUAUAUCAUUCUAAUUGGAGCAUGACAAAUUCCAGAACACGACUGGGCAAUGCUUCUCAUCGGGCUCCGCAUGAGAAACAUUUUCAGCAUGCAGAUUUGCAUGACAACUCUGGGGUGGGUACGUUUUUACAUAGGAUAGAAGCGGGACGCGUUCUUCAACACGGCCUACGUGAAGGCGAACAAACCCACGAAGACGUAUCCUGUGCAAAAGUAUCGUAUUCGUACUGCAGUCAUGCAUUACAAAUUUUCUUGUCAAGUCAAAUCCGCAUUACAAAUUUUAUUUCUCAUGCUAAGAAAAUUUGUAAUGCAUUUAUACGAGUACGAUACAAUACUUUUGCAGUUGAUAAGACGGACAAAACCUUGACCUUAAAGUCCCCCGUCUACAUCUGGACGGUGCCUUUUCCCUUCUACAUCACCGUGACGGGUGACAUGGGGGUGGAGCGCAUGCUGGUGACCGCGGCCUCGGAUUCCAAAACGCUAAAAGUCACCCGCGGCACGUAGGGGGUUCUCAAACGUUACAUUCUCAAAUGUGACAUGAAUUUGUCAUGCAAAAAUGCCAUCACCUUUCACCAUUCCAAGCCCUCUGCGCAUGAGCAUGACAAGUUCUCGGCGCGCUAGAUAGCAUUGCAAUCUGCUCCAUCCAAACCUGUAAUGCAGAAGGCGCAACCUUCCCCCUUUCACUUUUGCGAUUCUUGCAUUGCGGAUUUAUGUAACAGCUGAGAAUGUACAAUUUGAGAACGCCAUAGCACGUCCAUCGGCUCCACGCGGCUGAAUUUCAAGACCGACCGGCCAACGGACUACCCGGCGGUCUCGAACCCGGAGCUGUGGGUCUGCCCCCCGAAUCGGUACAUGGACGGCGAAUUUUGCGACUGCAAUUGCGGUAUGACGGACCCGGACUGCUUGGCGGGGACGCUGCCGGUGCUGUACUGCGCGAGUUCGGAGAUCUGCUCGCCGCUGGGGAGGUGCACGUUUCCGGUCUACAACCCGCGGGUCGCGGAGGUGGCGGUGUCGGAGCCCUGCUACGCGCUCACCAUGCCGGGCGAGGUGUCGUUGUACGGGUACAUCGGGGAGAAGUCGGAAUUUGAAGCGGUUGGUGGGUCCGAGUGCAAGGCCUGCCCGCACGACACGCUGUACAGCGGGGCGACGAACAAGAACGAGAAGAACGAGUACGUCUGUCAGUACCGCCCCGAGGGGGACAUCCCCGCGUCGGAAGUGCUCCAGCAGGACGCGAACACGAUUCGCACCUACGGCACGACGGGCAACGUGACGGUGGCGGACACCAUCAACUAUUACCGCAUUGUGAAGGCGGAGAUCGGGCCGAAAGCGGGAUUUCCGGUGAAGAACAUCACGGAGCAGAAUUACACGAUCGAACUGAACCUCGGGCAGGGCAUCCACGAGCUGGCGACAGCGGUCGCGUCCGAGACGCUGGACUCAAAGACGAAGACGCAGCUGCUGCACCUGAAGGCCACCGGCAACCAGUUUCGGAACAAGCACUUCGCGAGCGCCAAGAUGGUCAGUAGCAUGACGGGGGACUACCAAGACAUGGUGAUGCAGUUGGACGAUCCGAAGCAAACCUUCUCGGAAACCGGGCCGUUCCGGUUACAGAUCGACAGUUCCGAGGUGGUAAUCCGCUCGGGAUCGACGGUGACGCAGGAAACUGCACGGGCGGCCACCACCUCCAGCUCGACCUCUCGGCGGGCUCUGCGGAAACUCGGAACGUCGAGUGCGGGCGGUGGUCUUGGCGGACGAGAGGCUGCAUCUGUAAACGAUGCGAUUCAGCAACACGAGCAGUCCACCGUUGUUCGUCGUGACACCCGAUCCUUGGAAGAUAUUCUCGCCUCUGCGGAGGAAAACCUGAGCAGUCAGAGCGCCGAACAAAGCUCCGCGGAGCUCGACGCGAACAAGCUUUCGCCGCGGGAGAUGAAGCUCAGAAGAUUGCAACUUCGAGAGUUGAACGGGGAGAAGGUGACCGAGCAGCAAAAACGGCAACUCCAGACCACGAACACAACGACCGCAACGACUUCUGCCAACAGCGCGAGUGCCAUGAAAACCGCGAAGCGGCAGCGGCUGGACGUGGGCGGGUUCCCGAAGGGGCUCUCCCCGGCCGGGGUGAAGGGGACGCUGGCGCGGCAGUACGUGGCGAACCUCUCCCCGGACACGUCCAUCUACAAUUACCUAGAAACGGACACGCAAACCGCGGGCGCCGGGGGCAACGACCUGCAGAUGACGAGCCCAGCAAGGAAUUUGCUGUUUCAGGACUCGAACCUGAAUUCCGUGCCUGGUGAAACGAACUGCUUCACGUCGUUCUACGUGACACCGUUCAACAACCCCUGCCUGAUCCCGGCCGCGAUGACGUCGCGCGUCUAUACGUUUCUGGUGAAGCUGAAAACCGCCCCGUGGAGCAAUGGAAUGAUGAUGUCGCACAGCCAGAACUGGGACUUGAACAACGGCGGACGGACCAGCUCGGGCCAAAACGUCGGCCUGGCGAGUUGGGGGGCGUUGAGCGAUGCCUUCAGGACCGCCUUCACCUUUGGGCUUGGGCUGCAGACCUCGAGCACCGAUUCCCAGCACGACGACAUUGUCUCGGUCCGGAUCGGCAAUUUCCCUUCGGGGAUUCCGUUUCCGGGCUGGCCGGCCCCGGACAAUAUGAAUCGGGAGACGGAAAUCGCGGUGCACCUCUCCAUCCGGCGGUGGGCGGAAAUCGAGUUUUUGCUGAAGCGCGAGUUUCUGGAUCCGGGUAGCUGCAACGGGCAGUGGCCCCCCACGAUGGCCUGCUCCGGCACCCCCGCGGACCCCUACAUGGGCCCGAACGGGUUCAAGUACCGAAUCCAGAAGAAGUUCCGGGAACAAACGGACCCCAACUUCAACACGGCGAUGCGGGAGGUGUUCUGGGCCCAAAAUUAUCUGACCGUCCCGUACGAUCCGAUGUUCCCGCAGAUCCAGUGUCCAAGCGACUGCUUCGAGAUUCUCGAGAUGAACAAUCUCUUCGACGGAGACGGGGCGCGCCGGCUGGAGGAGGAAAAAUCUACAGAAAGAGCCGCAGUAGAGAAGAACAAAGAGCAAACUCCUAAACCCUCAUCUCCUAUCACGGUCGCCGCCCCACAGCGGCACCUCCAAACGAGCUCCACCACCCGUUACAACUACUUCUCCGAGCUGCAGGUGAAAAUUAAAGCGCAGAACGUGCACCAGCCCCCCGGCGCAAUCGCGAGCAACGCGCAGUUCCAGUUGCAUUCGAAGCAGGCGUUUGUCCACGCUUGCACCGAGUCCAGCGUAUCGGGGAUUGACGUUGGGAGCAUCCGGUUCGAGGCCUUCGCGGAUACCAUGGAAUUUGGCGCGGGGAUGGUGUAUGACCCAAUGACAGGGCAGAUGAUUUCCGUGGCCGCGGGCGAAGAUCCCUACGCGAUGAUGCAUGGCGGAUUUAACGAUGAGCCAGACCCGUGGAUGAUGGAGGAAGACCCCUACGGGAUGGGCCCUGGUGCGGGUAUGCUGGGGAAAAGCAGUUGCGAUAUCACUGUCAAUUUGUAAUGGCAGAAACGCUCCCUUGAACUUUUUUUACAAGAAGUUCGACAUCCAAAUGUGAGUGAGCCCAUGUAUACUUUUACUUCUAUCUGUAAUCUGCUCACUGUUUCUGUUUCUGCUGCAUGUGCAAAAGCCGCAAAUUAAUUGUUCAGGGUGAAACCCGCAAAGCUUUUCCUUCGCAUACCCAGCGGCAUGUAUGACCCAAUGAUGGGAGGUGGGGGGAUGUAUGACCCUAUGAUGAUGGGCAUGGGCAUGCCCUACUACCGGCAACGGCAGUUGGAAUCCGCACGACAGAAGCGGAAGCAACUCGCGCGGAAGCUGCACUUCGCGGCCACGGACGAGGUCGCAUACCGCAGAAGUUUGGAAGCCGAGAUCGACGAGAUUGGGAAAGACAUGCGGCGGAUUUCGGCGCAUAUCCGAAAAUUGGGCGCGGAGGUCGAAGGAAGCCCGGGCGGAAAAUUGAAGGCUGGCGAGGAGGCGGAGUUCAAUGCUGAGCAUGCGAAAACUAAACGAAGCUCGCUGGAGAAAGACGUGAAAGUAGAUAAGAUGAACCCGGAGGUUGUAGCUGCGAAGCAAACCGCACUUUCUUCAUCUACCACUACUUCUAGCGAAAGCGAGGAGUCCUCAUUCGCCCUCCCGCGCCAAUUGACUCCGGACGGCAUCCACACGCUCCGCGUUGUUUUCGAAAUCGAGCGGACCUCCGUAAACGCGACGCUGCUCGCGGAGAAGGCGGCGCUGACGAAGUGGAAGGACGAUUUCAAGGCUAAACUGAAAACUCUGUCGCCGCUGAUCAACGACAUUCUCAACCUCGACUACAGUCCCACGGGCAAGCCUUAUUUCGAGGAAAACUUCGACGAAACCCCGCUCCGUGUGCAGUUUGGCACCGACCCCGCGAAGGCGGAGAUCAUGAAGGAGCGGCCCUGGUGCGACUACAGCUCCACCGGCAAGCCGGGGGUUUCGAUCGACGGGACCGAUUACACCACCACCGGUCGCUCCAGUAUUUUCUGCGACGGGUUACACGAUGGGCUACUGGUGGUCAACGCCGGGGGCUUCUCCGACACGGAAAAAGUGCCGAAAAACAGCAACAUGCGGAUUCUGAUCCGGGCCUCCAGUUCCGACCAGACGAAGACGACGCCGAUGGAGGUGCGGACCAUCAAGCGCGCCUACCAGUGGCUGUUCCCGAUUAUUGAUCCGAACACGGGGGAGCUCGGCGACGACCAGGUGACCAGCUGGACGUGCUCGCCGGAGCAGUGGUCGGACGGGGUGUGUGACUGUAACUGCGGCCGGGUGGAUUGGGAUUGCAUGGGGGACCGGGGGAUUCCGCAACAGUACGUGGAAACGGUGCUGGACAACCCGGAAGUGACCGUGCAGGUGAACAUCAACUGCCCGUUCGGCAACGACCGGGUGGUGAAGGUGCCGGAACUCGCCGAGGGCGAGCUCCCGCCGACGUGUGGGCAGGUGAAGUCGCAGCCGGCAAAGUACGCGUAUUGCCAGUAUCUGACCGGCAUUCCAACCUCCAUCCCCCAAAACGCGUACCAGUCCGCGGAUGGCUCCUUCAACGGGACCAUGCUGAAAGCGCCGGAGCACUUGAAGUACCUGUGGGAGGUGAUCGAGAUCGACUCGCCUCUGCAAAAGAACCGGGAGGUCGGGACGCUAUCCUAUGUAAAAACGUCCCCACCCCAUAGUCAAGAUGGGGAAUCGGCUAGACAAAUCCACAAGUUUUGGAUGUUUUGCAUGACAAAUUUGGACUCGUAGUGUGGUGGUGUUUGAGGUAGUUCAGCAGCAUCAAAGAUCCAGCAUACCAUGCUGAUUGGAGCGUGACAAAUUUCAAAACGCGAAUAGAAAACGCUUCUGAUUGGGCUCCGCAUGAAAAACACUCUCAGCAUGCAGAUUUGCAUUACAAUCAUGGGGUGGGGAUGUUUUUAAAUACGACAGACGCAGGUGGAAACCCUGGGCGUGUCCGAGUCCACCGCCGCGGCGUACCAAUCCAAAGCGUUGGAAAAAGCGAAACUGUACGUGGACACCGCGAUCAUGGAACAGUCCCACGACAUGAUGCAUUUGCUGUUGGAAAACGCUAUCCUGUGCAAAAGCAUCGUACUAGUAUAAAUUGCAUUGCAAAUAAUGAUUAGCUUAGCAUUACAAAUGGAAUUUGUAAUGCUGUUGUAGCUAAUGCUAAGAAAGGCGAUUUGUCAUGCAUAUCUGCAAUUAGUACGAGAGCGAUGCUUUUGCAAUGCAUAAACGCGGAGUCCGUGGACCCCAUGUGCUACUCCGAAAACCCGCCGCCCCACUGUAUGGCGUUCUCAAAUGUUACAUUCUCAACUGUUACAUGAUUUGUCAUGCAAAAACACUACCACUCUUAACACGAUCAAGCCUUCUCCGCAUGACAACUUCUCGAUGCGCUAGAUAGCAUUAUAAUCUGCUCCACACCUGUAAUGCAAAAGGCGCAAUGUUUUCCCUUUCACUUUUGCCAUUCUUGCAUUACAAUACAAAUUUCAUGUAACAGUUGAGAGUGUAACGUUUGAGAGUCCCAUACACUGUACCGGCGGGAAGGUGAGUUUCGGCGGGCAAACGGUGCAGACCACGCCAGUGGUGAAGGCGAAUGUGACGCUGGCGAUGGACUUGCCGGCCGGAACCACCGGAGCGCAGUUGUUGGAUGAUCCAGAAGUGGUGGACUCCUUUCGGUUCGCCUAUGGAUUGCAAAUAUGUCUGGGUCUGGAAGAAUACAAACUUGCGAUGCGCAUUUCAGAACGCAGAAAAAUCUCUCAUGCAUAGGUAGCAAAAGCUGCCCACUUUCUGUCACCAAAGUGGGUGAUUUGUCAUGCGGAUUCGGCAUUGCGGAUGCGGAAGCUUCUCGAAACCUGUGAUGCUAGAGCAUCCAUGCCAGACCUUCUGUGUCAUGCAAAAACAGCAUGACUCUUCCAGACCCAGACCUCUUUGCAUUCCAUAUCGCCCUGGCCGAUACGUAUUCCGUCGCACCGUACGAGGUGGAGAUCAAGAACUUCGUGGUCGGAUCUAGCAUAUCAAAUGUAAAAAUGUCUGGGUCUGGAAGAAUGCGCGGUUUGUCAUGCAGCUUUUCCAUGACCCAUGAAGCCUGGAAUGCAGGACCUAGCAUGACAGAUUCUGCGCAAUCUCUCUCAUGCCUAUCCUGCAUGAGAAACUCCCUCCCGACUUGGUCAAAACUGGACGACUUUUGGUAAUCAUGCAACACAGAUUUUUGCAUGCUUCAGAUUUAGCAUGACAAGUUGCAUUCUUCCAGACCCAGACACUUUUACAUUUGAUAUAGCAGGCGCGAGUUGGAGAUGCUGAAAGAGAAAAACAAGGAGCGCAAAGUCCCCUUCCGGGAGCAAAAGCCCUACCACCACCACAAAAACGCGGCGAAACGGCGACUCGCCGCGACCUCCGUCCAGGUCGAUUUCGAGAUUGCGAAGAAGGACAAACAGGAGGCCGACAACUUCGGAACGCAAAUGGCCACGGUGUCCUCGGCCAACUUGCUGAAGAACCUGCAGAACGAGUUGAGAUUCGUGGGAACUAUUGCGAUCGCCGCCACCGCGGUAACGGUGGCGGUCAAGACGGAAACGAAAAUGCCGGACACCAACGCCAUGGCGGCCAUGGUGACGCAGAUGGGGUCCGCCACGGGGUCGGGAAGCGGGUAUGUGGAUCCGGCCAUGCUGAUGGCCAUGGACAUGAUGCAAGAUGCGGGGAUGACGGUCGCGGGGUACAACGACGUGGACAUGCACGACCCGUAUGGUGGUUACCACGACCCCUAUGACCCGUACGGCGGGCAGCACGACCCCUAUGACCCGUAUGGCGGUCAGCACGAUCCGUACUACGAUCCCUACCAGCAGACCACGUCGCGGCCCGGCUACUACCAGCCGACCUACGGCACGACAGAUCCGAUGCACACGACAUCGCCACCCAGCACGGGAAACACGGGAAACUGGGACCACGCUAGCACCAGCCCACCGGUCCACACGCCGAACUGGAAGACCCCGAUGCCUGGUAUGUCAACCGGAAGUGGGACGACCAACAACCACGGAACUUGGAACGAUGACAACAUGUACGGCACGACCGGCCCGCCCGAUGAUGGGAUGGCCAGCGGUCACGGAAGCUGGAAUGACAACAAUAAUUACUACGAAACCUCGACCAAUAUGCCUGGCAUGAUGGGGCCCAGCUACUCUUCCGGCUACGGCGCAACCUCCAUGUGGCCCAGGACGACGCGCCGCGUAUCGGAAAACAAUUUCAAAUACCGGAAGGAUCUAGAAUCCAUCGGCCAGGCGAUCCGGCUGAAGGCCAGCUUGACCGAUAGUGGGCUGCUGGAAAAGGCAAGAAAGAAGGAGUGGACAGAUAAGGAGAAGGAGGAUUACAAAAAGGAAGCGGAGUUGUUGAACGAAAAGAUCGCUUAUUUUGAAAACCUCCGGAAGGAGAGGAGAGAAGCGAAGAAAGAAACGAACAAAAGAUUCCUAGAACAGCAGAAAAAGAUGGAAGAGGAAACAUCCGAAGAGAGGAGAAGACGAUUAUUAGAGCCGCACUACAUGUCGGAAGAGGAGGAGAUGAUCUUUUUGCGAUUGAAGGAAAAAUUCCCCUGGAUGCACGAGGUGGUUACCCGAGACAGAUUACAAUCCACGCCGCACUCAAUGGACGCGUCGACCAUGGCGGAGACGCUGAAAAACGACGUCUUUAACGACGAGGACUGGAUCAAACUGAUGAAGAUCCACGGCCACAGCGAGCACUCGAUCCGCAAGCUGCAGGAAGACAUCCCAGACUACCACGAGAUUUCCCCGGAGGCGCUGGAAUGGAGGAGACUCGACGCGAUCCGGGGGUCGGAUCACCUGUCCGCAGUCAAGGAAUUCGAGGACAGAAAAAAGAUGGAAGGCGACAAUGAGGAUAGUUCUGCACCAUUCGACGGGACUUCUUCGGCUGCAGGAGCAAUUAAGGAAAAGCACCCGAAUGACGUCUUACGGGAGCAGUACAGUCACAUGAUUCUUCCUGAAGGCGGAUCCAUCAUGAAUCUGUAUGGGCAAAACGGGGAACUGACGGAGGAGCUGUACAGUGCCGGGGCGAACACCGUCCAGAACGACCCUUUGGAUUUCGCCACCGCGCUACCCGGGAGCGAGGAAUACGAAAGGCGGUUUUUGAUCUUCUCCGAACAGGAAGAAAAUAGCCAAUGGUACGUGGACGAGUUAACGGGGGAGCGGAGACGGCAACUGACGAGUAGUACCAACAGCAGUAACAGCAGCAACGCGACCACGCGUACGACGACCAUUACCUGCCCGGCCGGGACGCUAGACUGGUCGGACAACACGAAGUGGCCCCCAAACGCGAAGAUCGACCAGGUGCCGCAGUGCGCACUGCCGUCGUUGUCGCAACAGCAACUCACGGAUUUGGGGUUCUACGACAAAGUGCACACUACAAAGGUGGUCUCCGGAGCCGAUACGGUCGCGGAAGCCGUGUCCGCGUUUGCGGCGAGCGUGGCGCAGAAAAUGCCGGCAAAGAAGGUACUACUAGUGCUGACAUGUUACGAGUGAUGCUUGUUCUAAAACAAAAAUAUGUCAUAUUGGAGCGACCACUUCGCUGUCUCGCUCGCGCUCUCGUCUGCAUGUAUUUGCCUUGUUGUAUCAGAGGCAAAUCGCUAGCACCAAAACGCUUCUCAUUCAGGUAAUUUCCUAUGUGGUCCAAACCAUUACCGCGGUGAAUCUUUUCCGCGACAAGUCCUCCGUUUACCUCCCGAAAGACCGCUACAAGGAAACCGUGACGUAUGGAGAGAAAAAAGUUUGUCACAGUCACUAACUUGCAGGUUUUGCAUUACAAAUUUUCUCAGCAUCACAAACUUUCCUUGUGUUGCAGAAACACUAGGGAAAUCCCUAAUAAAGUUUGGCUGUGAUGCAUUUUUACGCAUGACAAACAAUUUUGUAUUGCAAGAAUGCGCAUGAGUGAUCGUGACGAACUUUUUUUCUUUGAUAUGACGGAGACUUUCACUUCGCCGAACGUGCUCGAGGUCGAUAUGGCGUUCUCAAACGUUACAUUCUCAACCGUUACAUGAAUUUGUAAUGCAACACUAGCACAGGCGAGAGGGAGAACCUUGCGCGUCUUGCAUUACAGGUUUGGUGCGGAUUUCAGUGCUAUUUAGCCCUCCGAGAAUUUGUCAUGCAAAGCAGCUUGAUCGUCUGGAGGGUAAUAGUCAUUUUGCAUGACAAAUCAUGUAACAGUUGAGAAUGUAACGCUUGAGAACCCCAUAGUCGAGGUGGGGCUCUUCGUCAUGCCGAAGAGGGUCCAGAUUCAACAAGCCAAUGGCGCUCUGCCCCUCUGUCCGAACCGGAUCGUGGCGAACGAAAAGCUGGUCAACAUCUAUUCCCAAGAUCGGUCCGUGGAAGGCGGCGGCUGGGCCUCCUGGACGUUUGAACACAGCGACAACUUUCGCACGAUGAACUGCCAAAACACCCCCUUCACGUUUGUCAACGGCACCAGCGGAGGUGGUGGUGGUGCCGGUGGUGGUGGUGGUCGGAGAAAGCUUCAGGCCGGCGGGAAGAACAACAUGGCUCUGUCUGCGAAGAACAUGAAGGACAUUUCGGAGGGAAAGUACCGGAUGUUCUACCUGGAGGAGUUCCUGCCCACCAACACCUUCCAAUACGAGAUCAAAGGCCCCCUUACGGGGCACUGGCGAUUGCCCGAGGAGCGGGGGGACGCAGGGUUCGCGUCGACCAAACCGGAGUGGGGGCUGGAUUUGGAAACCAUCUUCUCUUUGACGUUCGACAAGAAGUUUCUCGACGUGGAAAAGGCCUACAUGUCCGGGUCCACCGAUAUGGGGUUCUCAAACGUUACAUUCUCAACUGUUACAUGAUUUGUCAUGCAAAAGCGCUAACAUUCUUCACACGAUCAGGCCUUCUUCGCAUGACAAGUUUUUGACGCGCUAGAUAGCAUUAGAAUCUGCGCCAAACCUGUAAUGCAAAAGGCGCAACUUCCCCCCUUUCACUUUUCCCAUUCUUGCAUUAGAAAUUCAUGUAACAGUUGAGAGUGUAACAUUUGAGAACGCCAUAACCGAUUACGUGGACGGGCAGAUGCGGCUCUGGGCCGCGGAGCCCCUCGUAUAUGAAUUGCAAAAAUGUCUGGGUCUGGAAGAUUGGAACUUGUGAUGCUACCUUUGGACUCUACAUAAAAUCUGUAUUGCAUGAACAGCAAAAGAGGUAUGAUUUGUGGCACGCGGAGAGGGCAUUUCUCAUGCGGUAUGAGCAUCAGAAAGCCCUCGCAAAAUCUCUGAUGCUAGGGCAUGCAUCACAGACCUCAUGGGGCAUGCAAAAUAUGCAUGACAAACUCCUGCACUCUUCCAGACCCAGACACUUUUGCAAUCCAUAUCGUCAGGGGGAAAGCGAAGUGCAUGAACACGGUAAAUGGGUGCGCGCAGGGCAUUCCGGCCAACGCUCCCAUGUUUCUGCCCUCGAUUCACAUGACGGUCGACCGCGAGAAGACGAAGGAUGUGUUAGAGAACACGGAGCCGGAGUACUGGCCGCCUAGUGAUCACGAUGAGAAGCUGGAGAAGUUGUUCACAAAUUUGGAGUCGCAGACGAUUGACUUGUCGGCAGCUUUACGCGGGUUGACCAGCUCCGAGGACGGCAGGAUCGCGAUUCUGCCGCAAAGAGCGAUCCAAAUUAGGCUGGUAUAGAAUAGUAGUUCAUCAUCUGUUUCAUGUGGAUAAGUGGAAGCAGCUGUUACGGUCCCGGAAAAAUCUUUUUGAAGAACGCAUGACAUGCAAGACGUCAGAACCGAUUUUCGAUUGGCAAUUUGAACCAAGAUGAUCCGCAAAUGGACAAAACGAAAACAUACAAAUUGAAACGAACAAUUCCUUCAGGUUUGGUCCGUCUCCCCGAUCUAUCUGGAGCACAAGUAUGACGGUUCUAUCAUCCUGGACCGGUGGGUGUCCAACAUUGGCGCGCUUGACAUCUCGUACGGCCAGGCGGACCACACCAUGAAGUCGAAAUGCUCGGUCAGGCUGGUUUUCGAAAUCGACCACGCGUCGAUCCGGUUUAAAGAAAUCCCCAACAUGUCUAUCAUUUGUAAAAACGUCCCCACACGACCAGAGUCAAGAUGGGAACUCUGCUAGACAAAUCAGCCAGCUUUGGUCAUUUGGCAUGACGAAUUUCUCCUCGUAGUGUAAUCCUGUUUCGGUAGGAGUUCAGCAGCAUCAGAGAUCUAGCAUAUCAUGCAGAUUAUAGCAUCACAAGUUCCAAAAGAUGGCGAGAAAAUGCCUCUCGUGGCGCUCCGCAUGACAAACUUUUUUGGCAUGCAGAUUUGCAUCACAACUCUGGUGUGGGUACGUUUUUACUCAGGAUAAUGUCCCUCGCGGGGUUACUCGCUCUGAUCGGCGCCCUGGCCGGUUACACCGCGAUUUUCGCGGCCAUUCUGGGGUUGUGGCAGAAGUUCGUGCGACCCUUCGGGUUGAUCAACAUCUUUGACAUGGACGACGCCAUUCUCGCCAAGCACGAGGAGUGGUCCGCCCGGGCCGCCGAGGCGCUGGCGAACAGCUCGCCCCUGUCCGCGAAGAUGCCCUGGGGCAAAAAGGUAGCCGCCGAAGAGGAUGCGGAAGAGGAGAAGAAGGAGGAAGAGCCGGAGGAAGUCGAGGUCCCGCCGGGCGGGAUUAAAUCCCCUAAGGGUGGUGUCGCAAUCGUGGCACAGCCUCUCCCGGAUCCGGUGUUGAUUACCGCGAUGCCGAACGUGCAGAGAAUAUCUGUCACGUCCGUUUCCACCGGAGCGGCGAGCCCGAGUGGGCGGGGGGCUGUGGUGCCGCAACCCGGGGCUGGUAGUACUUCUGCGGUGGUAGAGGUGGAGGCAGCUGCGGAUGAUGUUGUUCCAGGAGACGGCGGGGUGCUGGAUGAGGGUGAGCAUGAGCACGAAGAAGAAGAGGCGGAGGAGGAGGAGGAGCAGCAGAUAGAAGCUGGCGAGGGGGAGAGUGAGCAGGAAAAGGGAAGCUUGGACACGGAAUCUGUGUAAAAUAAGAGUUGGAUAAGGACUAAAAGAAAAAGAAAAUUUUGAAUACUUGUUGAAUUUGAGGUUAUACCUGCUGUAGUUCCAGUAUCAGAACGACUUCGCAGUUGUACUAGACAAUUGUUGGCAAUUUUUCCAUGAAGGUAGUACUGCGCUAUCGUGGUAUGAUCCGAUUGUUUUUCUUGUUUAUCUUUAUUUUUAUUCGUCAAAAUGAAGACUAUUUCUAUUACACUGGACUUCAACAUCUUGAUGAUUGUGAUUCAGUGAGUUUCACCGAGACCUUUUAAACCAUUUGUUGAGUGAAAGCGUUUAUCGCGCAUGAAUUCAAAAAGCCGAAAUUCACGGGUGCACAGGUAUGCUGCUAUUCGGGACGCUAAGGAGUCCUCGAGUAUGCUUAUGAAGAAGUGUCUUCAAAGGAAUUAGUCGCAUUUUCGAUUUUCUUUUCCCGAAGUUUUCGAGCUCUUUUUGUUUUCCGAUUUCAAUUUCAAAACGAACUUGCUACAACCUUUGCAAAACAGUAGUAACGUUCAAAAUGCAAGAGCAAGACCCCUUUAUCUUGUUUAAAUAACAAUGACCACCACGCAACUGGAACUGUUUGCGAAAAACAAACACCGUUGGGUUUCAUCAAUCAUCAUCAUCGUCUUUGGUACGAGUGGUAGUCACGACAUGAGCCCGAAUAAAUUACCAGAAUCCAGUGCAGGAAUUAUGCUACCUUUAUUUGUCCAAGAAUCAAAGUCAACGUCAAGUAAUUACUGAAUGAGAUUUAGAACAGCUAUCGCCUACCCCUGGUACCUAGAUUGUUGAAUUGCAGCGAAAGACAUGUGUUGAAUCCUCCUGAGGUGGGCGAGAAUAUGUUCAGCGAGUACGGUUGUAAAAACAAGCAGCAGCCAAGUGAAGAAACGAUCUUCAAAUAUGUUGUUGUUAAAAAGGCCGCAGGUUUGUUGUGACUGGGCGCUAAGACGCUACAACUAAGGAGUAAGCUCCUAUAAUACCC